ACGUGCAAACAUUUGAAUAUGUGCUAAAAGUGAAGAAAUAUAAAAUACAUAUCUAAAAUAAAUCUAAUAAACAUUUCAACCUUUGAAUUCUUGCUGGGAUUAUAAACGUGGAUAAGCCAAGCCAAGCCAAGCCGAUACAAAAUGGUGAACAAACAGUACACGGCCAACGAUCUGGAGGCUUUUAUGAAGAUAGCCGCCAACUGGCAGAGCACCAACCACAAUCUGCUGGAAGGUGUCGAUCUGAAGACAGAAAUGACGCAAUACAUGAACAGUCCAUCGAUGAACAUGUAUAAGAAGCGGGAGCGCACACAGAACUGGAACCAUCAGGAGAAGAAGUACUUGCUGGAUCUGUGCCGCAAGGAUAUGCGCAUCAUUGAGAACAAGCGGCUCGAUGCGGGGCUAACUGCUGUCAAGAACAAGGCCUGGAAGAUCAUACAUCAAAAGUUCUCCAAUCAAUUUGGCACCGAUCGCACCUGCAAUCGCCUCAAGGAGCAAUGGCGUCGCAUGAAAGCCUGCACGCGUAAUGAGAUACUGGACUAUAACAAUCGCCUGGCCAGGUUUGGCGCCGAGGUGGCCGAUCGCAAGAAGCCCUCGCCGUUCACCUUUGAGGUCUGGGACUUUAUGCAGGAGGCGAAAAAGGCCUGCAAGUCGGAGGCGCUCGAUGGCAUUGACUACUCCAAAAUACCGCUCGCUCUCGAGGAGGACUUUGAAUAUCGCGAUGACUACAAAUUCAAUGCCGAUGAGCACGACAUGGAUGACAGUCGCACACCGCCGCAGGAGCUAUGCGAUGUGGACAUCAAGGAGGAGGAGACCAACGAGACCUUCAAUGAGACCUACAACAAUCACAGCAGCGACAUCCAUGCCAAUGGGGAGCGCCUGAGUGUGUCGCCCAAUCACAGUCGCAACGGCCUGCGCGAGUCAGAGAGUCCGGCGGCCGCCGCGUUGGACACAAGCGCCGUUGGCGGCGCCUUCAUGCCACCCACUGGGGGCGAUAUGUCCGGCUUUCAGCCUAGCUUCAACAUGAACAACAUAUCCGCUACGCUGGAGGCGCUCAAUGCGCUGCGCAGUGGCCAAUUUCCGAAUGCCGCGGCAGCUGCCGUUGCUCUACAGCAGCAUCAGGCGCAGGCUGCGGCGCUGCAGCAGCAGCAGCAGCAACAGCAACAACAGCAGCAGCAGCAGCAACAUCAGCACAACAAUAACAACAACAAUAACAAUGAGGACGACGAUGAUCUGCUGAAGCCAAUGGCCAAACGGCAGCGCACGAGCAGCAGCAGUCUGGCCAGCGAGGAGCAACAGACAACGCUGCCGCUGCCACUGCCGCUGGCCAGCGCAGUGUCCCACUCCUCAGACAGUCAGGCAUUGGAGCGCAGCAGCAGCAGCGUCGUUGGCGCUGCCAGCAGCAGCAGCAGCAGCGCCGCCGCCGCCGCCGCCGCCGUGGCCGGCGCCCUUACCAGCAGCAGCAGCACAGCCAACUCGUUCGAGCUGCGCAUGUUCAUGGAGAUGCAGAGCAAGGAGCAUAUGAUGCGCAUGAAAAUACUGGAGGUCCAGCUGCAGGCGGCCAAGCACAGCCGCGAUCUGGUCGAGAUUAACAAAACGCUGGCGCUGCAGAAGCUGCAGGAGUUGGCCAGCAAGCGGUUGCCCAGUUAGAGCAGCGCUGGGCAGAACGUUAACUGCUUGAUUAUCAUCGUUUUCAUCGUUGUUAUAGUUGUAGCUGUAACUUUGUAGCACGUAGCACUUAGCACGUAGGGCGUAGCUAAAGUUAAAUUUUAGACUAAGAAUCAAUUUUGUAUCCAGAGACAGACAGGCAAAGGCACAAAUACACACACAGACACAGACACAGAUACAGACACGGACAAGGACACAUUGAGCUGCAAUUCACAACAUUCCUGGCAUUGUUUGACCAGUAUUUAAAAGCUAGAAGCACACGCACACACACAUACACACAUACAGGCAGAGACAGACGGCAGCUCAUUUCACUUUGCAGCUGCAGUGGCGCACAAAAGUAUGCCAUAUUAUUUUAUAUAGUUAAAGGACUCUCGCCCCGAACGCAACCAGAAACAGCCCAAGCAUACAGCCUACCUCACACACACACACACACACUCGCACACACACAGACACACAACACUUAGCAGCUAGCGUUUGGGGCGGGAGUCGAGAGGCGCGGCGUGUCUUGUGGCUCGGCACUUGACCAAGUCAAGUGAUUUGUGAAUACGCCCGAACGCAUUCAAGUUUUUAGUUCUACUUAGUUUUAGUUUUAGUUGUAGUACUUGUAACAGCUCUCCAUGUUGCUCAAAACCUACAUACACACGCACACUGACACACACACUUUACUUACCACAAAUGUAUUUUAAAAUGUACUUAUAAAAAAAAAAAUAUAUAUAUAUAAAUAUAUGGAUAUAUAUAUAUAUAUUUUCUUGACUUGAGUUCGACUAACGAAAUGCACAACACAAAAACAAAAUCUUUUUAUCUUAUUAUAGAGCUUAAGUUAUUCACUUUAUUGUAUUACGCGUAUACCCUACCUAUUAUCAUAUAUGAUCAAAAUUUUGAA